UGCGGAAUUCCCCGACCCGGCGGACAUGCGCAAUAGGCUUCAUGUGUCUUUUCCGCGAAAUUUUCACUUGCAUGUCCUCGAAGGAAAGAGAGGGCGAAAUCACAGACAUCACAAUGAAUGGGUCUACAGCAAAUCAUGUGAAUGGAGACGUGCAUCUUUCGGAGAGGAUUGCCAUUCUGGAUGCUGGAGCUCAGUAUGGAAAAGUGAUUGACAGAAAAGUUCGGGAGUUGAAUGUAGAAUCCGAUAUUCUUCCUCUGGAUACUCCAGCGUUCUCAAUAAAAGAAAAGGGCUACAAAGCUAUCAUCAUAUCUGGUGGCCCAAGUUCUGUGAAUGACGAUGACGCCCCCCGGUACGAUCCUGAUAUCUUCCAUACCGGCCUGCCUGUGCUGGGCAUCUGCUAUGGUCUUCAGAUGUUGAAUAAGGAAUUUAAAGGGAAGGUUACCAAAACAGAUGUUCGAGAGGAUGGACAGUUUGACAUCACGGUUGAAUCAAAGUGCCUUUUGUUCAAGGGCCUUGACAAGCAGCAGUCUGUGCUACUGACCCACGGAGACAGCAUCACUGAAACAGCAGAAGGCUUUCAGGUCAUUGCCCGGUCGGGGAGCAUCACUGCUGGUAUCGCCAACGAGAAGCUGAAACUGUAUGGUGUCCAGUUCCAUCCUGAAGUUGACCUGACAGAAAAUGGCCGACAGAUGUUGCGUAACUUCCUGUUUAACGUAGUGGAGUGCCAUGGAGCGUUCACCAUGAAGUGCCGAGAGAAAGCCUGUAUCGACUACAUCAAGGAAACAGUUGGAGAACAGAAAGUCCUGAUGCUGCUGAGUGGUGGUGUGGACUCCACUGUGUGUGCCGCGCUCCUCCACAAGGCUCUGAAGGAUGACCAGGUGAUUGCUGUACACAUCGACAAUGGUUUCAUGCGAAAACACGAGAGUCGACAAGUUGAAGAGUCUCUUAGUGGAAUGGGCCUGAAAGUUCGAGUGGUUCACUCGGCACACACAUUCUACAACGGAACUACCUCAGUGCCGAUUGACAAGUACAACUCAAACUCCCGGAAGCGUCGCACAAACACCCUCAACACCACGACCAACCCCGAAGAGAAGCGGAAAAUCAUUGGAGAUACCUUCAUGAAGGUAGCUAACGAGGUGAUAGAGGAACUGAAACUACAGCCUGAAGAAGUGUUCUUAGGACAAGGUACAUUACGUCCAGACCUGAUUGAGAGUGCCUCCGAGCUGGCGAGUGGGAAAGCUGACGCCAUCAAGACACACCACAAUGAUACCGAUCUAGUUCGUGAACUCAGGAAACAGGGUAGAGUAGUGGAGCCUUUAAAAGAUUUUCACAAAGACGAGGUCCGAAAGAUUGGUCGAGACCUUGGGUUGCCGGAGGAACUGGUCAACAGACAUCCGUUUCCUGGUCCAGGGCUGGCUAUCCGAGUGAUAUGUGCGGAUGAGCCCUACAUGGAGAAAGACUUCGCUGAAACCAAUAUCCUGCUGAAGAUCAUCGUGGACUUUGCCACUGCACUAAAGACACCCCACUCCCUCCUGAACAAGGUAAAGACCUGCAUGGUGCAACAAGAGCAGGAUCGGCUCGAGGAGAUCACGUCCAAGUUCCAGCUGACAGCCACACUCUUGCCAAUCAAGACCGUCGGAGUACAGGGAGACAGUCGGACCUACAGCUACGUGGCAGCCAUUUCUUCAGACUCGCAGCCAGAGUGGGCGGACUUAAUGAGCCUUGCCAAGAUGAUACCACGAAUCUGCCACAGUAUUAAUAGAGUUGUGUAUGCCUUUGGUGAGUCCAUCAAACACCCUAUUGAAGAUGUCACGCCAACAUUUUUGACCGAGGGUGUUUUGAGCACAUUACGGCAAGUAGAUCACCUAGCAACCAAGACUCUACACGACGCCGGGGAGACCGGGGCUAUCAGCCAGAUGCCAGUUAUUAUCGCCCCGCUACACUUCGACAGGGACCUGACCUCCCACCACCCCUCCUGCCAGCGAUCGGUUGUCAUACGGACAUUUAUUACAAACGAUUUUAUGACAGGCAUCCCAGCAACACCUGGAAAACAGCUGUCAACAAAGGUUGUGGAGGAUAUGGUGACGUCUAUACUCACAGUGCCAGGGAUCUCCCGCGUCCUGUACGACCUGACACCCAAACCACCGGGGACCACAGAGUGGGAGUGAUCAGCUGAUAUGUGGCCAUUAUUUAUUAUGGACAUGCUGUCUGUAUUUCAUGUUUUGUUACAACAGCCCUAGGACUUUGGGAUUAUUGUAGCCCGGACAAUUGUUUUCCACAGUCGGCAAGGUUGUGAUUGCUGAUAUGCUGUCGGAGAGAUACAGCAGGCAAGGGUACUUCUUGAAGGGCGAUAACAAUGAGCAAACUGGUGAUCACAUUGACAGAGUCUCUUUUGUUGCCUCAGCAAUUAGUGUUCUUCAGCUUUUGAAAGGGGGAUUGAAAUGUCUACAGUGAAUGGCGAUAAUGUUUAUUCUCCUUGUGAGACACUGAAAGACCUGGGUGUACUCCAUCUGUGUACAUGGUGUGCUAUGUUGUCAAUAUUUUGCAGGUUUGUAUGUACAAUGUUCCUCUGUGACAGAUGAAGACACAUGUUUGGUUUGCUCUGUGGUUGUUCAUUACCAUCAAACAGCAGCGUAUUCAAGCAAGUACUGCUACCAGUCAGUGCCUAUGAGCACAGCUUCUAUUGCACUAAUGAUUGGACCCCACACAUUACUGCAGUGUCAGGCCUGGGAGUCGACACAAACUUCAUGCUCCAAGUUAGGCUCAUUUAUCUUCCUCGAGUUUUAAAAGGCCUCAUUUCACUGACUAUAAAAUUAGACACAUAUCACCUUUUUCACGACAUAUCAGCCCCAUGUAUUUACAGGUGAUGGAGGAACUUGUGUAUGUACAAACAUAAGCAUGGACAAUGUAUGACACUGGGCUUGAAUCCUUGCUCUUCUGUAUUACAAUCAGCGCUUGGUCUCCAUAUAUGAAUCUUUGCUUGUGAGUAGUGUUACGUGUUGAUUCCUGAGGCAAAACUAAAUAUUUAACUGGGAAUCUGUCCAUAAAAGAGCUAAGCAAUGUGAUAUAAUUAAGAGUUAUAUUAUGAAAUUAAUUUAGUUCAUGAAUCACUACAAAUCACAAAACAGGUAUCACUAUGGCAGUUUUAAGUCAAUCUGAUAAACUGCAAGAGCUGUUAUUAUAGCAUUGAAGACAGUGGUGGUAAUAGUCAUCGCUCGGCUAAGGAACUCGGCUUAGGCGGGGUGUUUAUGAUCAUCACAAACAAUGCGGGUUGUCAGGUGACAUGAGAUGUUAUGUGAGAUGAGAGGCAAGAGUUAACUCCCUUUAUAUACUGAGAAAAUACAAGAAAAGUCCAGAAUACUCUUAAAAGGCUGAUGAUUCUGGAAUAAGUUCCUUUUAGCACUUUCCAGAUAAUUCUGUCUAAUUCGAGUACAAGUCUUAAUAUAGCAUGCCACUGCCCACCACUGGCCCUUACUGAAUGUACAAUGUAGUUAAAACAUUGUAGUACAACAUCGAACACUGCCUCAUAACAGUAGAAAUGUUUAGAUGAAUGAUUGACAGAGUGCAUGCCAAGCAUUAUCAUUUGCUGAACUUCCGAAAUAUUUGUGACAAGUGUCACAAAUUAGAAAAGUAUCACAAGGAUUUGUUUUUUGUCGAUAAAUAUAUUUAAUAAUGAAUUGGGAUUAAGUCUUCCUUUUCACCACAUCUUGUCUUGAAAGAUUUGCUGGAGGAUUGUGUUACUUGAUUCGACAAAUGAUGGUGUGGAAGCACAUGUUAGUUGUACAUGGGUAUAAUAUUUAUUAAAACAUUAUGGAAUCUGACCUCCAGUGUGUGCCAUCUGUGGUCUUGUACGUGAAGAAGUAUUAUGGUAGACAGUAGUCCAUCGAGGCAGGAAAGUGUCAUGGAAGCAAGAUAUAAUGAGGUCUAUGAAGCGUGCAUGUUUUGUUCCAGCAAUUAAGGGAAGUAACUCUGUUUGCUCUGUUACCAUCCUCCUCCGUAUCAAAAGCUGGACAUUUUCAAGAUAUUUGUUACUGAAACAAGACUGUAUUAAGCCUUUCCUUUUGCAAUGUUUUAAAGAGCUGUUUUGAUUUUCCUGACUGAAUAGUCACUCUAUGCACAUGUGUGCAUUUAUUUCAGGUUCAUAUAAUUUUGAAAUGCCAUACUGACGUGUGUGAUAAUCACACGUUAGACUUUUUGUAUCAAACUGAUAACUGCAGACUGAAGGGGGUGGGGAAGGGGGGUUGUGUGGAGGAGUAUUGGUAGUAGGCAUGUGUAUAAAUUGAUGAUGUUAUCAUGAUACUAGGUUGCUGAAGACAAAUUCACUUUUCUUUUUAUUACAUCUUUUUAACUGUUUGAUAUUUUAAGAAAAUAUUUCAAUAAUUUUAAUUCUUUUUCUUUUUCGCCAUUUUGCAAUGACAGUUUGUUCACCAGGUGAGAAGGGAAUGUGUUCCUGGCCAAUAGCUGAAUGUUUAGUGCUGAGGAUUGAGUGCUGACUAUAUAUGUGAUUGUCCAUGAGCGGAGGAACAUGGUUUUAGUCUUUGUUUAGUAGUGACGUUUGGCUGACACAAGUAGAACUUUUUAAAACUAAAAUGGUGAAAUGAAUGAGUACAUUUAUACUUCUUAAGCUAUCAAUGUAUUAAAAUAAGUUUUUCUGUCCUGUAAGCUCCCUGAUCAUGAAGUAUGGGCAAGGACUUCUUCAGCAGGAGUCAUGUAAACUUUUGAUUGCCAACGCUACCAGAGCGGAGGCUAUGUAAUGAGGGUUAUCUCAAGUCCAUGUGGAGAUAUAUGGAGUUUAUUGCUGAAUUUCUGUGAAACUCCAAAGUUUGUAAUUUACUUAUAAUUCAUUUCACUUCUGAUUCCAUUUUACAAACUUAUGUAAGUACUGGAUAAUAACAUUGUGUUGAUGCUAAAUGGGUUAUUUUCUGUGAAUAUUUGUAAAUAAAGAGAUUUAUUUUGA